UUAAUAAAAUGUAUUUUCGAAGCUAUGAUCUCGUGGUGAAAUGAAAAAGUGAAAAGUGAAAAAUUCCUAUUUAAUUCUUAAGAUCCUCCAAUAGAAAACAUGACAACGAAGGAAUUGUACACGAAGGGUGCCAGGAUAUGGGUGGAGCACCCGGAGAAGGUGUGGGAGAGCGCAACAGUAACAUCCGACUAUCGAUCCGGCGUUCUCAUCGUGAAACUAGACCAGACAGAUGAAAUAAGACAAAUAACGAUCAAAGAUGAGAAACACAUGCCCCCCCUCCGGAACCCGUCGCUCCUCAUCGGCCAAAAUGAUCUAACGUCACUCUCUUACCUCCACGAGCCGGCGGUGCUGCAUAAUCUUAAAGUCAGAUUUUGCGAUCGUAACGCUAUAUACACCUACUGCGGGAUCGUCCUCGUGGCCAUCAAUCCUUAUUAUGAUCUUCCUAUUUACGGCGAUGAAACCAUCAUGGCUUAUCGGGGCCAAUCGAUGGGCGAUCUGGACCCUCACAUAUUCGCCGUCUCCGAAGAGGCCUACACCAAACUGGAGCGAGAACGGAGUGAUCAGAGUAUCAUAGUCAGCGGCGAGUCCGGUGCCGGAAAGACGGUGUCGGCAAAGUACGCCAUGCGAUACUUCGCAGCUGUCGGCGGUAACGUCAGCGAGACCCAGAUCGAGAGGAAAGUGCUGGCUUCAAGUCCCAUCAUGGAGGCGAUAGGCAAUGCGAAGACAACCCGUAACGACAACUCAUCGCGCUUCGGCAAGUUCAUAGAGAUACACUUCGACAGCCAGUACCGGAUAUCCGGGGCCAGCAUGCGCACGUACCUGCUCGAGAAGUCGAGGGUGGUGUACCAGAGUCCCGGCGAGAGGAACUACCACAUAUUCUAUCAGCUGUGUGCCGCUUCUGCUUUGAUGCCUCAUCUGAAGUUGGAACAUCAAGACACAUUACACUAUUUGAAUCAAGGCGGCAGUCCGAAUAUCGACGGAGUGGAUGAUCUAAAAGCUUUCAACGAAACUAGAAGCGCUUUGACUACUUUAGGUGUUACGGAUUCGGAGCAGAGGGACAUGUUCACGAUCCUGGCCGCGAUACUGCAUCUCGGCAACGUGGCGCUGCUGUCCGAGGACCCCGACGCGGCGCCCGGAGCAGACUGCGAAGACGGAGCCUACAUCAGCCCGACAGACGAGCACCUGACGCACGCGUGUUCGCUGCUGGGAGUGUCGCGUUUGGAGCUGUCGCGGUGGCUGAGCCAUCGCCGCAUUGCCUCCGCCCACGAAGUCAUCGUCGCCAGGCUGGACGUGCAGCGCGCGGCGUGCGCCCGGGACGCGCUCGCCAAGAAGCUGUACGGGGAGCUGUUCGCGUGGCUCGUCACCGCAGUCAACCGCGCGCUCGACACCGGACACGCCAAGAAACACUUCAUCGGCGUCCUCGACAUCUACGGCUUCGAGACCUUCGAAAUCAAUUCGUUCGAACAGUUCUGCAUCAACUACGCGAACGAGAAGCUCCAGCAGCAAUUCAACUCGCACGUGUUCAAACUGGAACAGGACGAAUAUAUAAAGGAAGAGAUCUCGUGGGAGAUGAUAGACUUCUACGACAACCAGCCGUGUAUAGACCUGAUCGAGGACCGUCUGGGAGUCCUGGCGCUGCUCGACGAGGAGUGCCGCGUGCCGCAGGGCUCCGACACCGGCUUCGUGGCCAAGCUGCACCAGAAGUGCGCCGCCUACCCGCACUUCAUGAAGCCGAGGUUCGGGAACCAGGCCUUCAUAAUAAAGCAUUUCGCUGACAACGUGGAGUACCAGUCCGGCGGUUUCCUUGAGAAGAAUCGUGACACAGUGUCGGAGGAACAGCUGGAGUGUAUCAGGACGGCCACCAGCUGCCGCCUCAUACACGUCAUGCUGGAGUCGGAGCGCGCGGUAGACCGUCAGACCGCGACCCUGCCGCCGCCCUCCCGGAGGAGGACCACGCCCUCCGUGCCGAUAACGAGUCUAACUCAACCAGGGCGGCGCGCGUCCGGCGCGCGGCAGACGGUGGGCGGGCAGUUCCGCGCGUCGCUGUCCGCGCUGAUGCUGACGCUGUCCCGCACCACGCCCCACUACGUGCGCUGCAUCAAGCCCAACGACUCCAAGACGCCCUUCCUGUUCGACUCCGCGCGGGCCGUCAACCAGCUCAGGGCUUGCGGCGUGCUGGAGACGAUACGGAUAUCUGCAGCCGGCUUCCCCUCCAGGUGGCUGUACCAGGACUUCUUCCAUCGAUACCGCCUCCUCUGUCGGCACAAGGACAUCGACCGCGCCAACAUCAAAGGGACGUGCUCUAUAAUCCUUUCCAAGCACCUCAAGGAUCCGGACAAAUACCAGUUCGGCGCCACGAAGAUAUUCUUCCGGGCGGGACAGGUCGCAUACUUGGAGAAGGUCCGCGCGGACAUACAGCGCGAGUACUGCGUGCGCGUGCAGAGCUGCGUGCGGACGUUCGUGGCCCGCCGGAAGUACCUCCGGGUCAUGAGGACCGUGGUCGGCAUCCAGGCCCGCUCCCGGGGCUACCUGGCCAGGCGCAAAGCGCAGGAGUUGCGCCGCGCCCGCGCCGCCGUGACCCUCCAGCGGCACGUGCGCGGCUGGCUGGCGCGGCGCAACUACCGCCGGCUGCGGGGCCUGGCGCUGGCGCUGCAGGCGCGCGCCCGCGGGUACCUCGCCAGGAGACUGUACCGGGACCGCAGGAAACUAAGAGCCGUCGUCACGAUACAGAGAUACGCCCGCGGCUUCUUGGCUAGACAGAGGGUGAAGAAGAUGAAGAGACAGAUCAUAGUCGCGCAGGCAGCGAUCCGUCGUUUCCUAGCGCGUCGCCAGUACAAGCGGCUCCGCAUCGAGGCCCGCAGCCUCGACCACGUGAAGACCCUCAACAAGGGCCUGGAGAACAAGAUCAUCAGCCUGCAGCAGCGGCUCGGCGGCGCCAUGGAGAAGAACAAGCUGAUCGAGCCGCUCACCGCGCAGGUCGCGGACCUCAAGGCAAAACUGGAACUACUCAAACUUGUGGAGAUCGAAGUGAAAACAUUGAAAGUCGGCAUUGACGACAAGGACAGCAUUAUAAACGCGCUGCGAGCGGAACUGCAGUCGGAAAGGGACGCCAAUAUGCGGCUCGCCGAAGCGAAGAAAGGGAUAGAGGAUCAAUAUAACAAGGAUAGACUUACUUGGGAAGAAGAGAGCGAGAAAUUGGCCAACGAACUAAAGAGCGUCAAAGAAAACUACACGUUAGCUAUUGAAGAACGGGAUAGGCAGCAUGAGUUGGAGAAGAGUAAACUCAGUGCCGAUUUAGAAUCGGAGAGGCAGAGUCGUCAGAAGCUGCUGUCCUCGCAGUAUGAACUCCAGGAACGUAUUGACACGCUACAGAGGGCGCCGCCGGCCAAGGAACACAGGAGGUCGCUCUCCGACGCCAGCAGUAACUCGCAGCAGGAGACCGCAGUCGAGGACGACUACGGCUACGGGUCGGUGCGGUCCGUGGACACCAGCAGGCCCGCCCUGGAGGCCGUGAACUGGUCCGCGGGCCACAACAACGGGACCGUGCCGGUGGCGGACGCAGGGCUGGUGCUGCGCAUGCAGAACAGGAUCUCGGCGCUGCAGAGCGAGCUGUCCCGGACCACCAAGCGCGCCGCCGACCUGGAGGAGAGGCUGCUCAAUCGCCUCUCCUCCCCGCCUUCCAAUCCUAACGUCGACAGGUUCAAGCUGGAAGAGCUGGAGAUUGAGAAUAAGAAGCUGAAGGAGCAUCUGGACAGGCUCCGCGCUGCCGGAGACAGUACUCUCGUCUCCAAGGAGGUUAUCGAUCAGCUGGGCGUCAUACAGAAGGAGCUAGACCGGCGCCGCGACGAAUGCGUCCAGCUGAAGAGCGUACUGACGAAUCAAAAGCCCUGGUUCCAAGCUCUUAAAACAGUUACGGUGAAUCUGAAGUCGCUCGCCUCAUCCAAUUACGGGUCUGACGUGGACAUCAUUAACGAAGACGGUGAACUGGCGUCGGCCUAUGAAGCGCAGAAGGGCAUAAAUAGACAAUUACAAGAAGAGCUGACAGCCGAAAAGGAAUUCUAUUCGAAGCACAUAUCGUCCGCUAAGGCCGAAAUAGAGAGACUACGGGAAGAGAACGAAAAAUAUCAGAAGCUGCUGAGCGCGGACCUGAGCCAAGACCCGAAGGACAAGAGCCAUGAGUUCGCGCAGAACGAGAUCAUCAGGCUGGCCUCAGAAAGUCUGGCUCUACAGGAGCGGGUCGACAAGUUGUCGGAGAGCUGUCGCCGCUACAAGAAUCAGAUACGGAUGCUCGUCAACAAACUCAAGGAGGUCGGCGUUGAUGACGUCACCGACAUCCUCGAGGGUAGCGACCCGGUGGCGGCGCCCAGCGCUUCGGUCUCGCUGAACAUGGCGCCCGUUACCAGGAAGAAGGAGAGGGAGUACCUGGGCAUGUUCGAGUACAGGAUACAGGACGAGCCCACCAUCAUAAAGAAACUUAUAACCGAUUUGAAGCCGAAAGUGGCGACCACGCUGCUGCCGGGCCUGCCCGCCUACAUUUUGUUCAUGAUGCUGCGCCACACGGACCACGUGGACGACGAGCCCAAGAUGCACCAGCUCAUGAAGGCGGUGCGGAACGGCGUCAAGAAGACCCUGAAGAAGCGAUCAGACAGCAUCGAGUACAACGCGCUGUGGCUCGCCAACAUGCUGAGACUCCUGAACAACCUGCGCCAGUACAGCGGGGACGCGGUCUACCAGGCGGCGAACACUCCGCGCCAGAACCAGCAGUGUCUCCGGAUCUUCGACCUCUCGGAGUACCGGCAGGUGCUCAGCGAUAUAGCCAUCUGGAUCUACCAGGGUCUGAUCAAUCUACUGGAGAGGCAGCUGGACCGUCUGAUAGUGCCCGCGAUCCUGGAGCACGAGGAGAUCAGUGGGCUGUCGGGCCCCGCGCCCCCCGCCGCGCCCCCCGCGCCGCACGACGAGCCGCCGCCCACGCAGCCUGUGGAGGAGGUGUUGAGCGUCUUGAAGCCGAUAACCCAGGCCGUGCAGCUGCUGCAGGCCAGGAAAUCCAUGCAGGACGUGCAGAGCACCGUGGACAUGUGCUCCAACCUGACCGCCAUGCAAGUCUGCAAGAUUCUAAACAUGUACACACCAGCCGAAGAGUACGAGGUGAAGGUGACGCGGGAGUUCAUUCACGAGAUCCAGAAGAAGAUGCAGGAGAAGGCCGGCUCCAAUCCGGACAAGGAACCCCAAAACCUACUGAUGAACUCCAAGAUGAUAUUCUCCGUACAAUUCCCAUUCAACCCCUCACCGAUACGACUGGAGGCGGUCGAGCUCCCGGAGAUAUUGGAGCUAGAUGGCGUACUCACCAAAAUAUAA